AUGCAGAACGUUCCGAUUAAACAAAAGCAUCAUCUUGAAAUUCGGCGGACUCCUCGAAGAACACAAAUGGACUCUUUGGGCUUUUCAGUGUGGGAGGACAGCAGUUACAUCCUAAGUGAUCCUGGUGUUCGGAGUCUUCUGCCAUUAAUUUUCCUUGGAUGCUGCACCAGAGCACAAGAUGUGCAUGUCUGCAGUCACACAACAGCACUACUGAAGUUCCCUACCAAUGGCAUUCGUAACGAUUGGCUAGUCCUCUACCACAACACCGAUGUCAUUGUGCAUAGCACAAAAUAUAGUGAAGUGCCAUUCUGUGCAGAGCCACAGCCUGAAGAGCACAAGAUACAUCUGUGCAAAAUGGGAGAUGGAAAAACACUGCAUUGUGUCAUAAAAAAUGUAACAAACACUGACGCUGGAAACUACGAGCUGGAGUACGGUGACUCGCCCUACAUAGCCAACCUAAAAGUUCAAGAGUGUGCCACUCAGAAGAUCAGCACUAAAACACCUGAUGUUCUUCAAAAAGCUCAGACCAGUACUACAAAUUCAGGACGCUCCAACGUGACAAAACCGCACCAAAAAGAGUUAAACGACCUCAUCGACCGCCAUGAGUCUGACAGAAUGCAGUGGAUGUGUCCCGAAUCCUGA